AAGGCGCGAUCAGUGACGCGUGAAUCGUCGAGCCGAGCAAACCAAAAACCAAAAAUGAGUGUGGAUCAACGACUCAACUGGCUGUCAGUGAAUCGAGGACAUUUACGUCUUCUGCUGGACAUUAUCCUGCUGGGCAGCCUUCUUCUGCUGUCCCGGAAUGUGAGACGCCUUUCGGGAGCUGCCACAAAGCGCGGCUUCUUCUGCGACGACGAGUCGCUCAUGUAUCCCUACAAGGAGAACACAGUGACGUCCAGCAUGCUGCACUGGAUCAGCUUGUAUCUGCCAGUCGCUGCACUUGUGAUCAUCGACACCUUUCGCUGCUGGCGUCGUGUUGCCGCUGGAAACUGCCGUUGGCAGCAAUUUUGGCCUGUGUUCAAUACUGUGCGCUGGUUCCUCUUUGGCCAUGUAGUGGAGCAGUUCAUCAAGGACAUGGGCAAGCAAGUGAUCGGACGACUGCGUCCGCAUUUCUUUGACGUGUGUCGCUCCCAGCUGGCCGAUGGUGGCACCUGUUUGGAUGAGGCACAUCGCCACGGUGGCGUCUAUCAUAUGGACUACACUUGCCACUCGGCGGAUGCCACGCCCGAGAUGCUGCGCGAUAUGAAUGUCUCGUUUCCCAGCGGCCAUUCCAGCAUGGCCUUCUAUGGCCUCGUGUUUAUGGCUCUAUAUUUGCAAAGCAUUCGCUUGUCGCCGUCGUCCACAUUGCUGCGUCCCUUGUGCCAGCUGGUGUGCGUUGCACUUGCCACAUUUGUCGGCCUUAGCCGUGUCAUGGAUUACAAACACCAUUGGUCGGAUGUUGUGGCCGGUUCACUGCUGGGCGCCAGCGUUGCCCUUGCGGUUGUCCGUGGAGCGGUGCAGCAGCAUCGAUUGCAUCUGCAGGCUGCAACUGCAAAAGGACCUCAAAGUGCUGCAGUUGCAAGUGGAGGCAAUGUGGAGGCAGUGGCAACGGCAACGGCAACGGCAACAGCAACGGAGCAGCUGCCGCAUGAUUUGUGUGAAGUCACUUGCCACAGUAGCAAUUAGUUUCGUUUCGUUUCGUUUUGCAUUGUAGCUUUAAGUUCUCAUAAUUAGCAUAGCGAUAAGUUUGAGCAUAACGAAAAUUCAUUGAUUUUGUAUUCACUUUUUCAUCACUCGCAUUUAAUUAAAAUUCAAAGCAACGUC